AUAAUUUCUAAAAUGAAGGGACUGCAAAGAACUGUACCCACCAACCCACUAAGCUCAAAAUUGUUGCUCUCCGUGGUCUUGGAUCCGACGUCUUGCAUCUGUGCGAUCUCUCGAAAUGGUGAGCGAAAACCCUUUCAAUCGGAUACUGAAGGCACUCGAGAAGCCUGGUGGUGGUCAAUUCGGAAUGUACUACAGCUUGCCAGCUCUUGAUGAUCCUCGAAUUGGCAAGUGUUUUUUUCUUCUUUUCCCUCUUCUAGUCUAUAAGCUGCCAUAUUCGAUCAGGAUCCUUCUAGAAUCAGCCAUUCGUAACUGCGAUGAGUUCCAGGUUAAGAGUAAUGAUGUGGAGAAAAUCAUUGACUGGCAGAACACUGCCCCAAAACUUGUUGAAAUACCAUUCAAGCCUGCUAGAGUACUGCUUCAGGAUUUUACUGGUGUUCCUGCUGUUGUUGAUCUUGCAUGUAUGCGUGAUGCCAUGAACAAUCUUGGAGGAGAUUCGAGCAAAAUUAACCCAUUGGUUCCAGUUGAUCUUGUCAUUGAUCACUCGGUUCAGGUGGAUGUGGCAAGGUCGGAAAAUGCAGUGCAGUCAAACAUGGAACUCGAGUUUCAAAGAAACAAAGAAAGAUUUGCUUUUCUCAAGUGGGGUUCAAACGCAUUUGACAACAUGCUUGUUGUUCCUCCUGGAUCUGGUAUAGUCCAUCAGGUAAAUUUGGAAUACCUUGGGAGAGUUGUGUUCAACACCAAUGGCUUGCUUUACCCUGAUAGUGUUGUCGGGACAGAUUCACAUACAACAAUGAUAGAUGGUCUGGGUGUUGCUGGCUGGGGAGUUGGCGGGAUUGAAGCUGAAGCCACAAUGCUUGGCCAGCCCAUGAGCAUGGUCCUCCCUGGUGUUGUUGGAUUUAAGCUGUCAGGAAAGCUAAGAAAUGGUGUCACAGCCACUGACUUGGUUUUGACAGUGACUCAGAUGCUAAGGAGGCACGGGGUUGUUGGCAAGUUUGUAGAGUUUUAUGGUGAAGGCAUGAGCGAACUGUCAUUGGCUGACCGUGCCACUAUUGCCAACAUGUCUCCUGAAUAUGGUGCCACCAUGGGAUUCUUUCCUGUGGAUCAUGUCACACUACAAUACCUAAGACUGACUGGCAGAAGUGAUGAAACUGUAGCUAUGAUUGAGUCAUACUUGAGGGCGAACAAAAUGUUUGUGGACUACACUGAGCCACAGACAGAGAGAGUUUAUUCCGCUUAUCUAGAAUUGCAGCUGGAGGAAGUAGAACCCUGCAUAUCCGGGCCUAAGAGGCCACAUGAUCGUGUUCCUUUGAAAGAAAUGAAAUCUGAUUGGCAUUCGUGCUUGGACAGUAGAGUGGGAUUUAAGGGUUUUGCUGUACCAAAGGAAGCUCAGAGCAAGGUUGCAGAGUUCGAUUAUCUUGGCACCAGUGCACAACUUAGACACGGGGAUGUUGUUAUAGCAGCUAUUACAAGUUGCACAAACACCUCGAACCCUAGUGUAAUGCUUGGAGCUGCACUGGUUGCAAAGAAAGCUUGUGAGCUAGGAUUGGAGGUUAAACCAUGGAUCAAGACAAGUCUUGCUCCGGGAUCUGGUGUUGUCACGAAGUACCUACAGAAGAGUGGCUUGCAGAAGUAUUUGAAUCAGCUUGGGUUUCACAUUGUUGGGUAUGGAUGCACAACUUGCAUUGGCAAUUCAGGAGAUAUUCAUGAAGCAGUAGCAGCAGCUAUUACAGAAAAUGAUUUGGUGGCUGCUGCUGUAUUAUCUGGGAACAGGAAUUUUGAGGGUAGGGUGCAUCCAUUAACGAGGGCCAAUUAUUUAGCUUCCCCUCCGCUUGUCGUUGCAUAUGCUCUUGCUGGAACAGUUGUACAGUCAAACGUGCUGCCUGAUAUGUUUAAGGCUACUUACCAAGCAAUCACCAAAGGAAACCCAAUGUGGAAUGACUUAUCAGUAUCUGCACAGAGUCUCUAUGCAUGGGAACCAACAUCAACAUACAUUCACGAACCACCUUACUUCAAGGGCAUGACCAUGUCUCCUCCUGGUCCUUAUUGCGUGAAAGAUGCUUACUGCUUGCUCAGUUUUGGAGACAGCAUUACCACAGAUCACAUUUCCCCUGCUGGUAGCAUUCACAAAGACAGCCCGGCAGCUAGGUAUCUUAUGGAACGUGGGGUUGAUCGAAGAGACUUCAAUUCUUAUGGCAGCCGACGUGGUAACGAUGAGGUGAUGGCUAGGGGCACAUUCGCGAAUAUUCGCAUCGUCAACAAAUUCUUAGGUGGAGAAGUUGGUCCCAAGACCAUCCAUAUUCCCUCUGCAGAGAAACUUUCCGUUUUUGAUGCUGCCAUGAGGUACAAGAGUGAAGGGCAGGACACGAUCAUUUUGGCUGGUGCAGAGUAUGGAAGUGGAAGUUCUCGUGAUUGGGCGGCAAAGGGUCCAAUGCUUCUGGGUGUGAAAGCUGUAAUUGCCAAGAGCUUCGAGAGGAUUCACCGCAGCAACUUGGUGGGGAUGGGUAUCAUCCCAAUGUGUUUCAAGACGGGAGAGGACACGGAGACACUUGGCUUGACUGGCCAUGAACGCUACACCAUCGAUCUCCCGAGCAGCAUCAGUGAGAUCAGACCUGGUCAAGAUGUGAAGGUGACAACAGAUAAUGGCAAGUCUUUCACCUGCACAUUGCGUUUUGAUACAGAGGUGGAACUUGAAUAUUUCAACCAUGGAGGCAUCCUGCAGUAUGUGAUCAGGAACUUGAUUGGCUCCAACCAGUGAAAUGAAUGGGAUGGUCAUUUCCAACAUCAAAAUGGAAGGCUAAUUUCGCUACUGUGGCGAGAGUGAGCAUUGCAUGCUUGCUUGGGCUGUUGGUUGUCCAUUGAAGUCAGCUGUUUUCUUCUACAUUUGGCCCCAUAGUGGAAUGGACAUGCUUGGGGUGUUGGUUCAACGAACAAAGCUGUUUCUAUUCAUAAAAAAAAAAGCUGUUUCUCAAUGUAAUAAAUAUCCAUAAUAGACGGAUGUUAGAUUUCUGUUGACUGCUUGAAUGUUGAAGAAGAGAAUAUUAUCCUCUUUUAUAUCGGGACAGAGAGCCCCUACAUACAUUCCUUGCCUACAUUGAAUGUCAAGCAUUCUCAGUUCUAACAUUUAAUGGCUGCGA